AUGAAGCCCAAGCGUCCGCAAUACGUCCCUCUCGAUGUCUGGGACUUGAUCCUGAAAAUUAUGCAUGCCCACGAGGCAGACACGUAUCGGGAAUAUGCGAGACAUAGAUCCUACCUCGAGCAAGAUAUCCAGGACAAGAUCUAUUACAUCGAGAGAGAACUGGCGAUCUGCAUCAAGCUUGUCAACUCGCCCGUCAUGGAAGAUGACUGGGCCCGCAACUCCUUCGAAGCCUUUUAUCAGGUAAUCAUGAAGAUCGAUGAGAUGGGCAGGCUCGGGCCGGGCGAAAACUUCGCUCAUGCCCCCGAGGCUGUCAUCCUCUAUGGGUUUCUCUAUCUGCUAAAGAAAGCAGCGGUUAAGUGUCGCGUUGUCGGGAGGAAUCCGAAAGGGUACAACGGUGAAACCGAGGAGGAAGAUGACAUUGACCAUCCUUUACACGGGGUGUACCUGGCAGGCCAGAGCCGCGCCCGCUACACAAAGGAAGCUGUCAAGGCGAAGGCACGAUUCCAGAGGCUAUUGGAUGCCUUGAUUAAAUGGGAAUACAGCGGGCGAGAUCCGUAUUUCCGUGCCAUGACCGUGUAG